AUGUUACAAAGAGCUCUUAUUUCUCUAAGUGGUAAAAGAAAGGAUAGUCGUAGGAAAAUCAGUCCUUUUCCUCCGAUGCUUGAAUUUGUAUCUGAACAAAAAUUAUGUGACCGAAGGGUAAUGUUGGAGAAAUACAUUCAAAGUAUUGUCGAUAUUCAGGAGUAUCGGGAAUCGGACCUCGUCCUUAGGUUUCUUGAGGUGUCGCCAUUGUCAUUCGUGAAUUGUUCCACAGGUUUGAAACUAAAAGAAGAUUGCGUUCACAAGCUGCCGUCCUAUAAUUAUUUUAACAAAUGUUACUGUACAUCCACAAUAUGUUUGCAGAAAAGAUGGCUCAUUUUGAAAGAUAGCUAUUUUGUAUAUAUGAAACAGCGUGGAGACAAAGUCAAAGCAAAAGAUAUUGAUAAGUCAGAAAAAGGCAAGCUAAGAUUUGCAUUUUCAAUUGAGCUCAGUGGAAAAAAUAGAUCUUGGAGAUUAUGCAAUAUAUUUUUAAUGGAUCAGAACUUUGCAUUUAAGACAAGAACAGUUGAACGAUCAGGACAGUGUCAACUUAAGUUAUAUAAUUCUCUUGGUGAAUUAGUCGUAAUCUGUCAAUCAGAAUCUCGUAUGAAUGAUUGGAAUAAUAUUCUGUCAUCACAUAUUUAUCAAGAUGGCACAAGAGAUUUUAUACAAUACAAUCGUUUUGGAUCAUUUGCUCCACCAAGAUCUGAUACACAAAUAUGCAUGUUUAUAGAUGGGGCAUGUUAUAUGGAAGCUGUAGCCAAAGCUAUUGCUCAAGCUCAAAACGAAAUUUUCAUCACAGAUUGGUGUAUGCAUCCUACAGUCUUUCUCAGACGGCCAGUACGUGAUAACACAUGGCGGCUGGAUAUGUUACUUCAUGCUAAAGCAAAACAAGGGGUCAAAAUAUACAUAAUGCUUUACAAGGAAAGCGAAUUCGCAGUGAAGUUUAGAAGCAGAAAAGUGAAGCGAUGGCUUCGAUCUCUUCAUUCAAAUAUUCAUGUUUAUCGUUCACCACGUUCAACUCGUUUAUGGAGUCACCAUGAGAAAAUGGUUGCUAUUGAUCAGUCAGUUGUUUUCCUUGGUGGUAUCGACCUUUGUUUUGGUCGAUGGGAUACCAAUGAUCAUAGGCUUCAAGAUGUUCACAAAGUUGCUAAAGUUCAAGAGAUCAAUACAGAAUUGAGGAGAAUUAGAAGUUUACGUAAACGAUCAAGAAAUACAUCACAUACCUUGGGUAGACCAAGCUUUGAUUUUGGCGAUAUUGAAAUGCAUGAUAUUGGAUCAGACAGUGAACAAAUGAGUUCACACUGUGACAAUACUCCUAAAUCACGUCGUCGAAAGCUCACAGAUGCGAUUCAUCGAGCUGGAGAUGCAAUGCGCUCUCUCAUGUAUCAAAUGGCAUUAGAUAAAAAAGAAAGUCAACAAGUAUUAGACGACCAAGUGAAUCCUGCCUAUUGUGAAUCAGAAUGGGGAAACUAUGAAAAUGACUCAAAUUUUAUUUACGAUAAUCCUGCUUAUGACGAUGAAGUGACAACAGAUGUAGUUAUACGCAAAAAACUAGCUGCCCUAGAAAAUCUUUCACAGGCUGGUAAACGAUGUACCUGGGUUGGACAAGACUAUGUCAACUGGAGUUUGGUUGAGCCAUUAGCCAAAGAACACCCUGCAGUAGACUUGGUAGAUAGAACAUGUGUGCCACGAAUGCCAUGGCAUGAUGUUGGCUGUGUAAUUGAAGGAACUGCAGCAUGUGAUAUAUCUAGACAUUUCAUCCAACGUUGGAAUCAAAUACGCGCCAGAAAGAUCAAAUCUGCACCACGUGGCAGUGCAAAACGAAUAAUACAGCGUCUUGUGCCAGGUUUACUACCAUCACACCCAUGUUCUCCAUGGACAGAGACAAAACUGUCCACAGUUCUUGUAGACCCAAGACAGUCAACAACUUGUACAGUGCAAGCAUUACGAAGUGUUGCCAACUGGUCGUUGGGAAUUCAGUCAGCUCACAAGAAAGGAUUUCGUGAAUCUUUCCGACAAAUUUUCCAUCAAAAUUUACAUACUGUAACUAUUAAAGAUGUGCAUUCGGAUGAGAAUAAACACCAAAUAGGAUUGGAAAAGUCCGUUCUGUCAGCAUAUCUUACUACUAUACAAGAAGCAGAACAUUUUAUAUACAUCGAAAAUCAGUAUUUUGUUAGCUACAUUCUUGGGUCACUAGAAGAAUACGAACAAGCAGGUUUUUCAAUCGAAGACGUCUUAGAGGGAAAAUGUUCUGACAAGCCAACAUCUGAUUAUCUACCACCUAGCCACUCUAGCGGUUUGGUUAAAAAUCGUAUAUGUGAAGCAAUCUAUCUCAGGAUUUUACGAGCUUACAAUGAGGGGCGUUCAUUCCGUGUGUACAUAGUGCUGCCUUCACUGACUGCAUUCAAAGGUGAAGUUGGGACUUCCUCUGGGACUUAUAUUCAUGUAAUUCUAAAGUAUAUUAGACAAAGCUUGUUUGUCGGUGAAUAUGCUUUGAUUCCACGACUGAAACAAGUUAUACCAAACCCUGAAGACUACGUUUCAAUAUGCAGCUUACGAACGUAUGAUGAAUGGCCUGAUGGUACAAUAAAAUCAGAACUGAUUUAUGUUCACAGUAAAGUGAUGAUUAUUGAUGAUAAAAAAAUGAUUCUAGGAUCAGCUAAUAUAAAUGAUCGUAGUAUGCUGGGUUUUCGUGACAGUGAAUUAGGCAUCAUAAUUGAAAGUAACUCAGACAAUGAUCUUAUUGAUGGAAAAUUUAACGGGAUAGAUGUAAAAGUUCAUCCAUUUGUACAAAGAUUUCGAAGAAGUUUAAUGGCUGAAUUUCUCGGAAUAUUACCAAAAUCUUCAAGAGAAUCUAGACAUAGUAUGAAUCAUGACUUAUUAGAUGAUCCAGUAUCAGAUGGAUUUUUUCAUAAUUUAUGGAAUGGAACUGCUGUUAGUAAUGGAGAACUUUUUGAAAAAAUUUUCAACUGUAUUCCUGCAUCGGAUUUGUUAACAUUUCGACAAUGUGUUGAAAGGAGAAAUCAAAUCCCGUUGAUAAGAAGUGAUCGACAAAAAGCACUUGAGUUACUUAAAGAAAUUAAAGGCUACUUAAUACCCUUUUAUCCUGAUUUUCUUGCAAAUGAAUCUCUUGAAUGUCCAGUAGGAAGUAUUGAACGAAUGAUUCCAGAAGUGGUAUGGACUUGAAAAAUUUAUUUUGAAAAUACCAAUGACCAAGUGCACAACUCUUGAUAUGGAAACCAUUCUUUCAAGAAAGAGAAUGAAUAUUAACUUUAGAAAAAUUCUAAUUUUAUUUGAAGAAUCUUUAUUUACAUACUUAUGUCUUCCUUAAAGUCUUUAUGUUCUAACUUAGAUUUUUAUGCACUUUACCUUAUUUUUGUUGGGUACUCAUAUUUUAUAUUCACUACUUUUGUAAAUUUAUUAGUUUUUUUUCUAACGAUGUAACGUCUUUCAAAAAUCAAAAAACAUUAUGAAACUUGAUGUGUAUAAAUGCCUGAACAGGGUAGAAACUAACUUUCAGAUUUUGAAAAGUCUUUGAAAGCUCUGUAAAACUAGGAGAAUGAUUGUGAUAAAAAUUAACUCUGAUCAAUAAAAGUGGACCGGUGAAAAUGCUGAGUCAGUUUUAUUGGGCAGAAACAUCUCAUUGAUAAUAUUACUCACUUUAGUUUCAACGAAAUUGUUUCUUGAAUGUAGAUUUCCAGUUACUAUUGUUUGACGUUUUUUUAAAGAAAUUUAUUCUAUUCCAUCAUUGGUGAUAGAAACCAGUCUCAGCAAUAUAGAUUUUCACUAUUAACUUACAUGGUAUAAAAUUCCUCGACUAACGGAAUAAAAAUGUACUAUUUAUUUGUAAUUGGUUUUAUGAACUGACGAAAUUUUUCUUAAAGUGUGAUUUGUCAUUUACUGACUAAAGCGCCUUAUCACCAUCUGAAAGAAAAUGCAAAUCAUGACAUACUGCUCAUUUACAGUUCUCUCUCAUUGAAAAAUUUGUAAUACAAAACAGGCACCCAAUAAAGUUUUUCCUUUGUAUUCUUUGUUUUUGUCUUUAAAAAAGCCUUUGGAUGACAAAUAUAUCUGUAUUGC